CAGUCGCCUCUGGUUCAGACGCGCGCGCCCCGCCCUCUCCAGCUGUGUAGAGUCCAGCUGUUUGCGCUCGCUGGUCGCGAGUUCCAGCCAUGUCCGCCGAGAAAGAGGCAGCCGAGGCGGCCACCGUGGUGGCGGCAGUUGAGACAGACGUGGCGGAAGAUUCGUCGUCGCAGCCCGCCAAAGUCGAGGUGGACGACACGCAGCCGGCCCCGGCCUCCGAGGCGGUUGCAGUGGAGCCGCCGCAGCCGCCGCUGCGCUGCCUGGUGCUCACGGGCUUCGGCGGCUAUGAGAAGGUGAAGCUGCAGACCCGGCCGGCUGCGCCCCCGGCCCCCGGGCCCGGACAGCUCACGCUGCGAGUCCGGGCCUGCGGGCUCAACUUCUCCGACCUUAUGGCCCGACAAGGGCUGUACGACCGGCUGCCGCCUCUGCCCAUCACGCCGGGCAUGGAGGGCGCGGGCGUGGUGAUCGCCGUGGGUGAGGGAGUCAGCGACCGCAAGGUAGGGGACCGGGUGAUGGUGUUGAUCCGCUCAGGCAUGUGGCAGGAGGAGGUGACUGUGGCCUCAGCACAGACCUUCCUGAUGCCUGAAGCCAUGACCUUUGAGGAAGCGGCUGCUUUGCUGGUCAAUUAUAUCACAGCCUACAUGGUCCUCUUUGACUUCGGCAACCUCAGGCCUGGCCACAGCGUCUUAGUACACAUGGCAGCAGGGGGUGUGGGUAUGGCUGCCCUGCAGCUCUGCGGUACAGUGGAGAACGUGACAGUGUUUGGAACAGCCUCGGCCAGCAAGCAUGAGGUGCUGAAGGAGAAUGGGGUCACACACCCAAUCGACUACCACACCACUGACUAUGUGGAUGAGAUCAAGAAGAUCUCCCCCAAAGGAGUGGACAUUGUCAUGGACCCUCUGGGUGGAUCAGAUACUGCCAAGGGCUACAACCUCCUCAAACCUAUGGGCAAAGUGGUCACCUAUGGGAUGGCUAACCUGCUGACAGGCCCCAAGAGGAACCUGAUGGCCAUGGCACGCACAUGGUGGAAUCAGUUCAGUGUGACAUCUCUGCAGCUGCUGCCAGCCAACCGUGCUGUUUGUGGCUUCCACCUGGGCCACCUGGAGGGCGAGGUGGACCUGGUCAGUGGUGUGGUGGCCCACCUUUUGACGCUGUAUAACCAGGGCCACAUCAAGCCCCACAUUGACUCUGUGUGGCCCUUUGAAAAGGUGGUGGAUGCCAUGAAGCAGAUGCAGGAGAAGAAGAAUGUGGGCAAAGUCCUCCUGGUGCCUGGGCCAGAGAAGGAGAACUAGUGUGGGGCCUGGAGACCUUUGGGACCCAGGAAGAGAGGAGCUGGGAAGCCACGUGCAUUUCAUUCUCUAUCAUUAUGUCUGCCAUCUGUCCCCUGAAGGUUUCUGGCAGUGACCUCUCCCCAGCCCUGUUCUUUCUUUCCUGUCAGGGCUGCCCCUCCCCCCCUUCCUGGCCUCUGAAGAGGUUGGGAAGUGACCACUUGGAUGUCUGGGCCCUGCCAAGGGGAUGGGGUGGGGGGGAUCAGAGGGAGGCUGGCUACUUCCUGCCCCCCAGCCUUUCCACAGGCCUACUGUGCUGCUUUUGUGCCAAGGUUAGCCAAUCCUGUUCUGUGUGCUUCCACCUCUGCCCCAUCUCCCUCCUACUCCUGCCCCACCACCUCCCCAAAGAAUUGAAAUGUCAGCUCAGGAUGUGGGGCCAAAAGUCUGUGUGAGUCCAGCAUGUACCUGUCUUGCCCUAGUGCCCCGCCCCCAAACCAGGCAGGCCCGUGCCCACUCUGAACUCUGUUGCCUCCUUGGAUGGCCUUGUCUUCUCUCCCCAGUUUCCUAAGCACAGCUGGGCUUCUUCCACGUCCAGUCUGUCCAGUCUGUCGCUCUUAACUAAGGUUGCCUCUGACCUUAAGGGAGAAUCAGACCUGCUCCCCUAGUGCCCCACCCUCCUUCACUGAGUUCUCUGGAUUUGUUCUCAGUGCCUUAGUGAUGCAAAACCUAUGCUGGUAUAUGUGGUGGGGUCCCUGUGUCCACACUUCCUCCACUCCUGGACUCCCCAGUGCCUUCCUUGUUCUGGUGGAGCCGGGGUUUUGCUGCUCCCUCCCCAGUCCUACAACACUGCCAAAAAUCUGUGUUUGUGUGCCAGUGGGUGGGGGAGGGGCAGUCCCUGGUCUCCUGGGGUCUAUGCCAAUUCCUGUCUCGGGGGCUGUCAUUUCUUCAUGGGUGGGUGAGGAGAAAGAGGUGGGGAUACUUUCUCAGCCUUGUAGGUAAGUGUGGCAUCUACCAGCCAGAACUCAGAGGCAAUGCUGUCUGUUCCUUGUUCUGGGACCAAAGUAACAAAAUUAAGCACAUUCCGCUGUGCAGUCAAGGGAGGCCCACUGCUUUCUCAAAGUAGGGAGUCAGCUUUGCAAACAGCCUCAGACUUGGUUUACAUGGGUGGGGAGAUGGAGCAAGGGAGGUAAGGAGGUGUUUAGAACCUGGGUCACUGGAACCAAAGUGGGGACUUCCUGAUAGGGGUGUGACUCCCUCUGUUCUCUGAGCUGGAAUUGGGGAGGAAUUUCUGCUUUAGUGUAUCCCACCCCAUUACCGAAGCUGCCUUUGUGUUUGUGUCAAUAAAAAGCCAAACCCUG